UUAAGGAACGAAAGUAAACUGAUCCGACCAUGUUCUACAUGAAGCCUAGUAGAACCAUAAACCAGUACUUUCUCACUUUUCAUCAUCCUUCUUCUCUACUGAAAUUUGGAAGAUCACAGUUAAUUCUCUUCUCCACCUGGUACUCUCCACCACCACAAUCACACCAACACCAUCACAAUCCAAUUCUCACAACUAUAUCUCAAGCUAUAAAGGACACACCAUCAAAACCUCUCAAUUCCUCCCUUAAAAAACUCAUUCCUUCACUCACAGCUCAUCACAUCACCGAUCUGAUCACACAAAACCCAUUCUCAUUAGACCCAUUUUCACUACUCUCUUUCUUCAAAUGGGUUUCCAUUCAAAAGGGUUUUCGUCACACCAUUGCUUCAUAUUGUGCAAUGACUAAUCUCCUCUGUACACACAAUAUACUCAGUGAAGCUCAAUCUCUUUUCAGUUUCAUCAUCUCUAGAAAAGGAAAAGACUCAGUUUCAUCUUUAUUCACUGUAAUUCUUGAUAACAGAGGUCCGCAUCAAAAUGAUAUGGUAUUUGAUGUUUUGAUGAAUGCGUAUAUUGAUUCUGGUUUUGUAUCAGAUGCAGUUCAAUGUUUUCGAUUAGUUAAAAUGAAUGGAUUCCGAGUUCCUUAUCAUUCUUGUGGCAAGCUUCUCGAUAAAUUAAUGAAGUCGGAGACACCUGAAGUCGCUUGGGGGUUUUAUACUGAGAUUUUAGAUGCUGGAUUUCAACCAAAUAUCUAUACUUUUAAUAUCUUCAUGCAUAGGUUCUGUAAAGAGAGAAGAAUUCAAGAAGCCCGGAAAGUGUUUGAUGAAAUUACUGAUAGAGGUUUGAACCCGACUGUUGUUAGUUUCAAUACGCUGACUAAUGGGUACUGUAAGAUAGGAAACUUGGAGGAGUGUUUUAAGCUGAAAGGAGUAAUGUCAGAAAGAGGAGUGUCUCCUGAUGUGUUUACGUACAGUGUUUUGAUCGAUGGGUUGUGCAAAGGUAAUCGAAUGGAGGAGGCAAAUCAAAUUUUAGAGGAAAUGAGUGCAAGAGGAUUGAAUCCUAACGAUGUUACUUACACUACUCUAAUUGGUGGGAACUGUAAACAACAUAACAUUGAGGUAGCAAUGGAUAUGUACAGGGAAAUGUUGGCGAAGGGCGUUAAACCAGAUUUAAUUACUUACAACACACUUAUUGAUGGACUUUGUAGAGUAGGUGAUUUAGGAAGAGCAAUGCAAAUUAUUGACGAGAUGAAGGACAAGAGCAUGAAGCCUGAUAAGAUCACGUAUACUACACUUAUGGAUGGAUAUUGCAAGGAAGGGUAUUUAGAAUCUGCUCUUGAGAUUAAGAAGGGAAUGAUUAGGGAAGGAAUAGAGCUUGAUAAUGUUGCUUACACAGCACUAGUUUCGGGCUUUUGCAAGGAAGGAAGAGUGGAAGAUGCGGAGCUGACUUUAAAGGAGAUGUUAAGAGCAGGUCUGAGACCAGAUGAAGCAACAUAUUCCAUGGUGAUACACGGGUUUUGCAAGAAAGGUGAUGCUCAAAUGGGUUCCAAAUUGCUCAAUGAGUUGCAGAGUAGUGGCCGUGUCCCAGGUGUUGCAAUUUUUAAUGUUGUUAUGAACGGACUCUGUAAGCAACGGCAGAUGAAAAAAGCUAGGAUGCUUCUGGAUGAUAUGCAUAAUUUGGGAGUAGUGCCAGAUGACAUUACUUAUAAUAUUCUUCUGGAAGGGCAUUGCAACAGUGGAGGAGAUUCGAUGGAUAUUGAUAAACUGCGAAGUGAGAAGGGACACAUUUCUGAUAUUGCUGCCUACACUUCUCUGAUCAGCAUAUCCCAGAAGAAUUCUAAAACUGGGUUAACGACAAAUUGGCCACACAGUACAAUGAAUGUUGAGAUGAAUCACGUGAGUCAGAUUUUAGAUUCCUUAUCCGUCUGAGAUGAGACAACUGUAUCUCGCUCGGUAUAAGUUUGUAGGCGCAAUCAUCAGCUGUUUCAGCCUUUAAUAGCAUGACACCCCACAGGGAGAUGAUGGAUUGUUUGCUUACACAGGUAGGUUCAAGCAACCUGAAAGGGUGCAUCCAAUAUUUUGCACAAGAAGAAUAAUAACAAGUAAAAAUAUUCUUGAGAUUAUAACUUA